AUGGCCUCCGCGGGCAGCGGUUGUCCCGGGCGGGGGGCGCAGCAGCAGCGGGUGGACCACCUGCUCACCGCCGUGCAGAGUGAGCUGCAGGCCGGCAGCGAGAAGGGAGACCCCACGGAGAGGGAGCUGAAGGUCUGCCUGGACGAGGACGAACUUUGGCAGAAGUUCAAAGAGCUCACCAAUGAGAUGAUAGUCACUAAGAAUGGCAGGCGCAUGUUUCCCGUGCUGAAGGCGAACGUCUCCGGACUGGACCCGAACGCCAUGUACUCGUUCCUGCUGGACUUCGUGUCCGCGGACAACCACAGGUGGAAAUACGUGAACGGGGAAUGGGUCCCCGGAGGCAAACCGGAGCCCCAGACCCCCAGCUGUGUGUACAUCCACCCCGACUCCCCGAACUUCGGGGCGCACUGGAUGAAAGCUCCGGUGUCGUUCAGCAAAGUCAAGCUCACCAAUAAGCUGAACGGAGGAGGUCAGAUCAUGUUAAAUUCCCUGCACAAGUACGAGCCGCGGAUCCACAUCGUGCGCGUCGGAGGGCCGCGGAGGAUGAUAAGCAGCCACUCCUUCCCGGAGACGCAGUUCAUUGCAGUAACAGCCUACCAGAACGAGGAGAUAACCGCUCUUAAAAUCAAGUAACCUUUUGCCAAGGCCUUCCUAGAUGCAAAAGAGCGAACUGACCACAAAGACCCGAUAGAAGACCCCCAUGAAAACCAACAGUCAGCCUAUUCUCAACUAAGCGGCUGGUUCAUCCCGGGCUCGGGCCCCCUCUGCCCUCCUGCCAGCCCUCACGGCCAGUUUGGGAGCCCGCUGUCUUCUCCCUCGCACGGCUGCGAGCGCUACUCCACCCUGAGGAGUCAUCGCCCUGCUCCUUACUCCAGCCCCUACAGCCAUCGAACCAGCUCCCCCACUGGUUACUCCGAUAACUCCCCGGCCUGUCUCUCCAUGCUGGCAAGCCAUGACAACUGGUCCAGCCUGCAGAUGCCCUCCCACUCCAGCACGAUGCCCAUGGCGCACAGCGCCCCCUCCGCUACCAACUCCAGUCAGUAUCCUGGUCUGUGGUCUGUGAGCACCUCCCUGACUCCAGCGUCCCAGACCGGGGGGAUGAGCUCCCAGUUCCUGCGAGGCCCCAGCAGCCACUACGCCGGCCUGUCCCACUCAAUCACAGCGCCCCCCUCUGGCUCCCCACUGUACGACGGCGGCACAGCCACAGAAAUACACGACCCGUCACAGUACGACAUGUCUCCUCACGGGCGCCUGCCGUCUCCCUGGACACCCAUCACCCCUCCUUCACUUUGA